UGUUGGACUCGUGGCGUCUUAAGGCGGCUGAAAUCUGUUACAUUACAACCUGUAUGGAGAUUUGUCAAGUAAUGUAUUAAGUGACUAAGCCAUAGACUGGGCCCAACAUGUCGCAGCUCCUGCACCUUUCCGCGCUGUGGUUCUACCUUCUCGUCCCCCCGCUGCUGUGUGACAACCGGUUCUGCUACUACAGCCCCAUCCUGGAGAAGGGGAAGAUGUUUAAGCUCAUCGUGACCGAGUGCCCUCCCGAUGAGCUUUGCUUUAAGGCCGACGGUCGCUAUGGCAACCACAGCGCGCUGUCGGCCAGGGGCUGCAUGGCGAAGAAGGACUGCAGCCAGGUGCACAGCAUCACGCUCAAGGGAACUGCCUACACCAUGAGCUACAGCUGCUGUGAUUCCCCGUACUGUAACUCCUGCCUGGGCCUCUCAGCCAAUUUACUCUUCAUCACUGUCACACUCAUGACAGUGAUGACCUGGUGACCAAAGACACCCAGGGCCCUGUGGUAUGGAUUUAUGUAGGGGAGGGGAUGUAUAAAGUGAGCCUUGGUGUGAAGUAUCUGCAGCCUCAGCAUCAAGUAAUGCAAAGAGCCUGCAGUGGUAUACGGCGAAUCUCCCGUCUAAAGACACCAAGCUGUGCGCCCGCCAGAGAUUUUAGCCUCUCCUUUUAUUUUCUAACACUAUUUUAAAGAGUUUUAAUGUCUACAAAUAAAGCUUUAAAUACACA